GCGGGGCUUCCGAGGGGUCGUCCCCCGGGGCCGCGCCGCCACCUGGUCGCCUGGGGUUACGAGGCCAGGCCGGCCCUCCCCGUCUGGGGACCGCCCCACCUCCCGGGCUGAACUCAGACCCGGGGCCCCAGGCGGGCGCGGUAGGACCGCGGGGCUCCCUCUCGCCCUGGCCCGGGGGCCCCGACGCUCCCCCCGGCCCCAUUCGCGCCCCUCCCUCGCACUUGUUUUGAAAACGGCGGAGGCUCGGAUUUGCCGGCGUCUCGCCUGUUUAGUUUUCUCUGAUUUGUUUCGAGCUCCCGGCUAAUUGCAGAUUUGCAUUUUCGCCUCGAGAACGCAGCAGAGGCCGGUCCCCUGCAGCCAGCUGCGGGGCGGGGGAGGGGCGGCGCCCGAGGCGGGACAGCCACCCUCGCUGCCUCCUGGCCUGGCCCCGGGGCGACGCGGCCCCCACCCUGUCCGCCGGGUGUAGGUUACCCCACCCCCGCGUUGGGGGUCCGUAGUGCCCUCCACAAGGUGCUAAGACUCCCCCCACCCCCAUCUCAGGGUGUCCCUGCCUUGGACUCGAGCCUUAGCCUGAAUCGUGGGUUUCUCCGUGUCUGCCGCUGGGUCCCCUUCCCGAGCCCACAGGCUGCCAGGGGCCUCCACAGCCCUGGGUGCUGUGCACUGCUUUGCCUUCAGCUUUAAGAAGUUGUUCAAUCUGUGUUUGCCUGACGCUAGCGACAGGGAGGUCUAGCCGGCACCCCAGGGCCUUCCUCCCGGGGGUGCCAAGACCGGAGGGGGACCCUGACAGCCCUGGCCCGGCCUGAGGACCCUGCCCUUCCCCAGUGGGCGCCUCCUGUUUGCCUUUUCCGGGUGUGUGGGGCAGCUACUGCUUAGAAGAAAGGAACCCGAGGAGGGGGAGCCUCAGGGGACCCAGUGGCCGAGGCUCCUUCCCAUUGCUUCCCACUCCUGUGGACGUGCGAGGAGAGGCCUGGGCCGCCUGCAGCCCGGUGCCCGUCAGCGCCCUGGCUGGGGGAGGACAGACCACUGUGUGCGUGAGGCUGAGGGGCCAGCUGUAGGGGCACAUGUACUUUCAGCUUCCUCUGCUGUGUGUCACCCCCUUGCCGGUUCACUGGGCUGAGACCCACCUAGGGCCUCAAAUCCUGUGUUCAGAUCUUGCUCACCAGUGAAGACCGCAGACCACAGCGGAGGAGUGACAGUCCUGCAGGGCCAGGUCAGGAUGGGUGUCUCAGGCUUCUGACGGAUGGGCAGGAGUUUCCCAGGGGGAACAGCAAAAGCAGAGACAUGGCGACAUCAUGGCGUCACCCUGAGUUCCUCCUCCACUGAGAGGACAACCGAAGGAUUUCUGCACACGGAUUCACUUACACCUCGCGGCAGCCCACUUGGGUUGGUGCUGUUAUUACCCCCCAGGUCACACCCGGGAAACUGAGGCACAGUGUAAGUUUGUAAAGAGCCCACAUAAGCCGGGUAGGAGGAGACAGACCUGGGGUUUGAACCCCAUAAUAUGGCUCCAGAGCGCAGCCCCUGAGGCCCCUCUGGGCAGCAGCCCUGGGUGUGUGGUUGUGGGGUGGGGUCCAGAGCGCAGCCCUUGAGGCCCCUCUGGGCAGCAGCACUGGGGGUGUGGUUGUGGGGUGGGGGGACCCCAUGGCCUCAGGGGCCUGUGGGUGUUCAGGACAGUGGCCUUCAUCUGAGAUAGAAGGAGUGACCCUCCAGAGCAGAGGCAGGAUGGCCACGCUGGGGCAGCUGGGGGCCAGGACACGGUGGCUGAGGCCGGGUUAGGAAAGGGGAAGGGGAGGGGGUCAAGCUUCCUUCUGGAGGAAGUGCUGGCUGGAGGAGCCUGAUGCUGGGAGGAGAAAUUGGAGGGUCUGAGAGGUGGGUCCACCCCAGUGGGUCACUUGGGGCAGGUCUGUCGAGGGGUGAGGUGGUGGCUGUGGAGGCUGGGUGUGUGGGCUCAUGAAGAGGGUGUCCCUUGGAAGAGGCUAGCCUCCCUUGGCGACACCUGCAGCACGCACACCCCCGGCCAGGGAGGGGCCUGGGCCAGUGGAGGGCGGUGCACAGGGCACACGGAGGCCAGAGUGAUGUCCCUUCAGGGUGGCAGGUCUGCACGCCCUGUGCCCUCGUGUGCUGUGGACCCCGAGCUCAGCCUCCACCUGGACUGGACGCAGCCUCGAGGCCAGGCCUGGUCCAGAUUUCUCAUGCGGCUCCAUCAUCCCGACACCCUGUGGUUUGGCACCUGAGUUUGCCCCUUUCACAAAGGCUGUGUUGUUGAGUGCCUAGGGCAAAGCACACCCCUCCCCCUCACAGCUGGAGCCCUGAGCCCCUCCUCCUGGGUUAGCCCUUCACUGCUCAGCCAGGGGCUGCGGGCACCAGAGGGAUUUCCUGCCUAUGUGCGCAAGCGUGGCACCCACCUCCCCGCAGGCCUUGCCCCUGCUGGUCUCCUUUGGACCGGCCGUGGGGCCUCCCAGGCCUGGGCCCUACUCGUUCCCCACGUUGUCGUUCCCCACGUUGGGAGAGUGCCUGGGGGGGUACGGGGGGAGCAGGGCCUGACCCUGGUGGAGGAGGUGUUGGGGGAGCGCUGCUGGGGAGGGCAGCCAGGCAGGGAGCCAGUGGGCCAUGGCCGAGGAGACCUGGGGAGGAGACCUGGGAUAGGCCCGGAGAGAUGGCUGGGGUGUGGUCACUGAGCGCCUGGAAAGCCGUGUCCUGAGGCAGAGUGGGGCUGGAGGGGGUCUGAUUAUUAUUAUUACACAGACCUCUUUUUAUUUAGACAAGUAGUAUGUAAAUAUAUCCUUCUCAAAUUUUUUUCCAAAACUGGCAAAUGAAGUUGCUUUGCUGUCCCAGCCCCCUCCUCCCUGCCCCCCCCACCGGCUUCACCUUGACUUUCAAUUUGGAUGAAGGCUUCUAGAACUUCUCAGUUAAACCAUGUGUGUCUGUAUCGACACCCACGUGUGGUGAUACCUGGAGUUCUGCUCCACAGCCGUCCCCAACAGGUCUGGGCUCCGUUGGGUCGGCAUGGCCCACCCACCUUCAUCAGCACCAUGGUUUUUCAGGGUCCUCUGGUUGCAUGCUGGGUGGUUGCCAAAUUUUCACUAUAAUGAACCAUGCUGAGAAGUAUCCUUGGACUAGUCCUCCCUGUGGGUACACAUGGGUGUUUAUCCAGGAGAGGAUACAAUAGCAAGCGUUGCUGAGUGCUACAGUGUAACAGGCUCUCCGGAGGCUUUUCUGGCUGGAAUAAUUUAGUUCUUACAAACCCCUGGGGGAGCUCACUAUGACUGUCUCCACUUCACAGAUGGGGAAAUGAGGCUCAGAGAAGUUAAAUAAUUUGGUCAAGGUCACACAGCUAAGGAUCUCCAUGCUGGCCUGGAGCAGAGACUGAGCUGGACUUCUGGAGCCUGGGUGAGUGACGGCUGGGCACCACCUGGGGAAGGCAGGGGGGCUACAGCCACGCAGUGAAGGCGUCUGGUGUCCCUGAGGCUCUGGUCCGGUCGGGCCCGGUGUGCAAACGUCUGCCCAAACCCAGGUGCCCUAGCUGUGGGGGCCGCUGCCAGGCCCCCCAAUUCUCUGAUGCGGGGGCCAGGAUUUGCUUGGGAGGGGUGGGCUCUGCUGCGAGGCUGGGGCGGUGUGUUUGGGCGCUGGCUGCAGUGCUGGAAUCUGGAACGCUAGGGCUGGGAAUUUGGGCUGGGGGAGGGGGCGCCUGGCCAGACGCCUUCCUGGCCAGCAGCAGGCUGGAGUCUGUGCGACUUCUUGGAAGUGCACCUCCGGGCUUCGGCCAGGAAGAGGCGUCUGAUGCCCCUGAGGAAAUCCCCGCCGGCCCGGUGAGCAAGCGGAGGGUCCCGGGCUGCCUUCAAAACAGGAAGCGCCCGUUCCAGGAACGCCAGCCGCAGGAAGCUCUGCCGGGCUGUGCCCGGCAUCUCCCGCAAGGACGGCCUGAGCGCUGCCUCUGGUCAGGUGGUUCACCCUUUGCUCCCGUGGGCCUGGCCAGGCAGGUCACCUGAGGCUUUGUUUUUCCCGAAGUGGAGGGAGCUGCUGCCUAUCAUUGUCACCCAAGUCCCUCCUGCCAGACUGUGUGACCUGGGCUCAGCGUGAGGGGCCCUUGGAACCCCUGGACUUGAGGCUCACUCUGCCCACCACCAAGAGGGGUUCUGGGCCAGGGAGCCCAGGUCUGGCCCUGGCCUGCUUGAGGGGGGGGUGGGGCGGGGGCAGCAGCACAGUAUCUGGGCCAGUGUUACUGUCAGCAGCAAGACCUGUUCCUGCUCCGUGACCACACACAUGGCUUUCAUAGAGCACUUCUGGUGUGCCAGCCCUGGGGGACCCUGGGGCCAAGGACAGGGCUGGGCUUCUGCCCCAGGGGCUCAGUCAAGUGGACAUCAACCAGAGGGAGGCCAGAGCAUUCUUUCUUUUUUUUUUGCGGUACGCGGGCCUCUCACUGCUGUGGCCUCUCCUGUUGCGGAGCACAGGCUCCGGACGCGCAGGCUCAGCGGCCAUGGCUCACGGGCCCAACCGCUCCGCGGCUUGUGGGAUCCUCCUGGACCGGGGCACGAACCCGCGUCCCCUGCAUCGGCAGGUGGACUCUCAACCACUGCGCCACCAGGGAAGCCCCAGAGCAUUCUUUUUUAUGCACUGUGACCCUUCCAUCUCCUGGGUCCUGUCACGUCUGUGAGCUACCAGGACUGAGGCAGGGCUCAGGGUCACAGCAGAGCUCUUUCAGAAGGGGGGGGCAGGAGUUUCCCCGCUUGGUCGGUUCUGGGUUCAAGUCCUAGGCGCGCUGCCGGCCGGCAGAGGGGCCUGGACACGGGUCCAUCGGGGACCAGGGGGCCUGCUUCCAUGGGUGGCCGGGGCUCGGGCGGCUCCAGCUCCGGCCGCGGCUCCGCCCCCGCCCGUCCGUCCGCACCCGCAGGUCCGCCCCCGCCCGCCCGCUCCCUCCCUGGGCUCCGGGAACAUUCCAUUCAUUCCCCGCUUGCCGCGGCGGCCCGUGGCUGGAGCCGCAGCCGCCGCCAAAGCCGAGCGGGACCAGAGUCGCGGCGGGGACUCGGACGGCCUCAGUUGCCCGCGGAGACGAGCGGAGCCUGCGGUGGCAGAGGCCCGCCUCCGCCCAGGAUCUGCACAGUCUGCGCGCGGUCCUGUGAACUCUUCCUGUCUUUGACCAAAGGCACCAUCUCCUCCCCGACCUGAUCACCUCGUCUUGGGUGCCAGGGGCAAUGGCGCUGCAGCUCUGGACCCUGACCCUCCUGGGCCUGGCGGGCACAAGUGCAAGCCUGCGGUCCCGCAAGCUGGACUUCUUCCGCAGCGAAACAGAGCUGAACCACCUGGUGGUGGACGAGGUGUCGGGCGUGGUGUACGUGGGGGCGGUGAACGCGCUCUACCAGCUGAGUGCCGACCUGCAGCUGGAGCAGCGGGCGGCCACGGGCCCGGCCCUGGACAACAAGAAGUGCACGCCGCCCAUCGAGGCGAGCCAGUGCCACGAGGCCGUGCAGACUGACAACGUCAACCAGCUCCUGCUGCUCGACCCCUCCCGGAACCGCCUCAUCGAGUGCGGCAGCCUCUUCAAGGGCAUUUGCGCCCUGCGUUCCCUGAGCAACAUCUCCUCGCUCCUCUUCUACGAGGAUGGCAGUGGCGAGAAGUCCUUCGUGGCCAGCAACGACGAGAGCGUGGCCACCGUGGGGCUGGUGAGCACAACGGGCCCAAGCGGCGAGCACGUGCUCUUUGUGGGCAAGGGCAACGGGCCCCACGACAACGGCAUCAUUGUGAGCACACGCCUGCUGGACCGGACGGAGGGCAGGGAGGCCUUUGAGGCCUACACGGACCACGCCACCUACAAGGCCGGCUACCUGUCCACAAACACACAACAGUUCGUGGCUGCCUUCGAGGAUGGCCACUACGUCUUCUUCGUCUUCAACCAGCAGGACAAGCACCCGGCCCGGAACCGCACGCUGCUGGCACGUAUGUGCAAGUACGACCCGUUCUACUACUCCUACCUGGAGGUGGACCUGCGCUGCCUGGGCCCCGACGACACCCGGGUCCCCGCCUUCGGCACCUGCCUGGCGGCCUCCGUGGCCCGGCCAGGUGCCACUGGGGUGCUCUACACUGUCUUCAGCACAGAUGGCCGGGGUGGCGGGGGGCCACGGGCGGGCCUCUGCCUGUUCCCACUGGACGAGGUCCACAGCAAGAUGGAGACCAGCCGCGACGCCUGCUACACGGGCACCCGGGAGGCGGGCCGGGACACCUUCUACAAGCCCUUCCACGGCGAGAUCCAGUGUGGUGGCCACGGGUCGGGUGCCAGUGAGAGUUUCCCGUGUGGCUCAGAGCACCUGCCCUACCCGCUGGGCAGCCGAGACGGACUCUCAGCCGUAGCCGUGCUGCACCGUGGAGGCCUGAACCUGACAGCUGUGACAGUGACGACCGAGAAUGGCCACACCAUCGCCUUCCUGGGCACCUCGGACGGCCGGGUCCUCAAGGUGUACCUCGCUCCAGAUGGCAGCUCCGCGGAGUAUGGCUCUGUCCUUGUGGAGAUCAACAAGAGAAUCAAGAAGGACCUGGUGCUGGCCGCAGACCUGGCCAGUCUGUACGCCAUGACCCAGGACAAGGUGUUCCGGCUCCCCGUGCAGGAGUGUGAGAGCUUUUCCACCUGCGCCCAGUGCCGCAGCUCACAGGACCCCUACUGCGGCUGGUGUGUCGUCGAGGGACGAUGCACCAGGAGGGCUGAGUGCCCGCGGGCCGAAGAGAGUGGCCACUGGCUGUGGAGCCGCAGUGAGGCCUGCGUGGCCGUCACCGAGACCCAGCCGCAGAACAUGAGCCGCCGGGCGCAGGGAGAGGUGCACCUGACCGUCAGUCCCCUCCCGGCCCUGAGCGAGGAGGACAAGCUGCUGUGCCUCUUCGGUGAAUCACCGCCACACGUGGCGAGCAUGCAGGGGGGCGCCGUGGUCUGCAACUCCCCGAGCAGCAUCCCCAGCACGCCGCCUGGCCAGGAUCACGUGGCCGUGACCAUCCAGCUUCUCUUCAAACGCGGCAACAUCUUCCUGACCUCCCACCUGUACCCCUUCUACGACUGCCGAGUGGCCAUGAGCCUGGAGGAGAACCUGCCGUGCAUCUCCUGUGCCAGCAACCGCUGGACCUGCCAGUGGGACCUGCGCUACCACGAGUGUCGGGAGGCCUCGCCCAACCCUGAGGACGGCAUCGUCCGUGCCCACACGGAGGACGACUGCCCCCAGUUCUUGAACCCCAGCCCGCUGGUCAUUCCCAUGAACCACGAGACGGCGGUGACCUUCCAGGGCAAGAACCUGGACACGGUGAAGAGCUCCUCCCUGCGCGUGGGCAGUGACCUGCUCAAGUUUGAGGAGCCAGUCAGCACACAGGAGCAAGGAACCUUCUCCUUUCGGACCCCAAAGCUCUCCCACGAUGCCAACGAGACGCUGCCCCUGCAUCUGUAUGUCAAGUCCUACGGCAAGAAUAUUGACAGCCGGCUCCAAGUGACCCUCUACAACUGCUCCUUCGGCCGCAGCGACUGCAGCCUGUGCCUGGCCGCUGACCCUGUCUACAGGUGCGUGUGGUGCAGCGGGCAGAACAGGUGUGUGUACGCGGCCCUGUGUGGUAACGCCACCUCCGAGUGCCCACCGCCCGUCAUCACCAGGAUCCAGCCUGAGACCGGUCCGCUCGGCGGAGGCAUUCGCGUCACCAUCCUUGGGUCAAAUCUGGGGGUCAGAGCAGACGACGUGAAGAGGGUCACCGUGGCUGGCCGGAACUGUGCCUUUGAGCCAGAACGCUACUCCGUGUCCACCCGGAUCGUGUGCACCAUCGAGGCUGCAGAGGCGCCCUUCACGGGGGGCGUCGAGGUGGACAUCAGCGGGAAGCUCGGCCAUUCGCCUCCCCAUGUCCAAUUCACCUAUCAGCAGCCCCAGCCCCUCAGUGUGGAGCCAAAGCAGGGGCCACAGGCGGGCGGCACCAUGUUGACCAUCAAUGGUACCCACCUGGACACAGGCUCUGAGGAAGACAUGCGGGUGACCCUCAAUGACAUCCCUUGUAAAGUGACGCAGUUUGGGGCACAGCUUCAGUGUGUCACCGGCCCCCAGGCGGCUCCGGGAGAGCUGCCCCUGAAAAUUUACUAUGGGGGCUCCGAAGUGCCCAGCCCUGGCGUCACCUUCACCUACCGUGAGAACCCAGUCCUGCGGGCCUUCGAGCCGCUGCGAAGCUUUGUCAGUGGUGGCCGGAGCAUCAACGUCACAGGACAGGGCUUCAGCCUGAUCCAGAAAUUCGCCAUGGUGGUCAUAGCCGAGCCCCUGCAGUCCUGGAGGCGGCGGCGGGAGGCCGGAGCCCUGCAGCCCGUGACGGUCGUGGGCAGGGAGUACGUGUUCUGCAGUGACUCCAAGGUUGUGUUCUUGUCCCCGGCCGUCCCCGAGGAGCCCGAGGCCUACAACCUCACGGCGCUCAUUCAGAUGGAUGGGCACCAAGCCCUGCUCAGGACUGAGGCUGGUGCCUUUGAGUACGUCGCCGACCCCACCUUCGAGAACUUCACAGGGGGCGUCAAGAAGCAGGUCAACAAGCUCAUUCACGCGCGGGGCACCAAUCUGAACAAGGCGAUGACGAUUCACGAGGCCGAGGCCUUCGUGGGUGCCGAGCGGUGCGUCAUGAAGACCCUGACGGAGACCGAUCUGUACUGUGAGCCCCCAGAGGUGCAGCCCCCUCCCAAGCGGCGGCAGAAGCGGGACACGACCCACAACCUGCCUGAGUUCAUUGUGAAGUUUGGCUCCCGGGAGUGGGUGCUGGGCCGCGUGGAGUAUGACACGCGUGUGAGUGACGUGCCGCUCAGCCUCAUCCUGCCGCUGGUCAUCGUGCCCAUGGUGGCCGUCAUCGCCGUGUCUGUCUACUGCUACUGGAGGAAGAGCCAACAGGCAGAGCGCGAGUACGAGAAGAUCAAGUCCCAGCUGGAGGGCUUGGAGGAGAGCGUGCGUGACCGCUGCAAGAAGGAGUUCACAGACCUGAUGAUUGAGAUGGAGGACCAGACCAACGACGUGCACGAGGCAGGCAUCCCCGUGCUGGACUACAAGACCUACACCGACCGCGUCUUCUUCCUGCCCUCCAAGGACGGCGACAAGGACGUGAUGAUCACGGGCAAGCUGGACAUCCCUGAGUCACGGCGGCCCUUGGUGGAGCAGGCGCUCUACCAGUUCUCCAACCUGCUCAACAGCAAGUGCUUCCUCAUCAACUUCAUCCACACCUUGGAGAACCAGCGGGAGUUCUCGGCCCGCGCCAAGGUCUACUUUGCGUCGCUGCUGACGGUGGCGCUGCACGGGAAGCUGGAGUACUACACGGACAUCAUGCGCACGCUCUUCCUGGAGCUCAUGGAGCAGUAUGUGGUGGCCAAGAACCCCAAGCUGAUGCUGCGCAGGUCUGAGACAGUGGUGGAGAGGAUGCUGUCUAAUUGGAUGUCCAUCUGCCUGUACCAGUAUCUCAAGGACAGCGCAGGGGAGCCGCUGUACAAGCUCUUCAAGGCCAUCAAGCAUCAGGUGGAGAAGGGGCCGGUGGAUGCUGUGCAGAAGAAAGCCAAAUACACCCUCAAUGACACAGGGCUGCUGGGGGACGACGUGGAGUAUGCACCCCUGAUGGUGAGCGUGAUCGUCCAGGACGAAGGGGUCGACGCCAUCCCUGUUAAGGUCCUCAACUGUGACACCAUCUCCCAGGUCAAGGAGAAGAUCAUUGACCAGGUGUACCGCACGCAGCCUUGCUCCCGCUGGCCCAAGGCUGACAGUGUGGUCCUCGAGUGGCGUCCUGGGUCCACAGCCCAGAUCCUGUCAGACCUGGACCUGACCUCUCAGCGGGAGGGCCGGUGGAAGCGCGUCAACACGCUGAUGCACUACAACGUCCGGGAUGGGGCCACUCUUAUCCUGUCGAAGGUGGGGGUCUCCCAGCAGCCUGAGGACAGCCAGCAGGACCUGCCUGGGGAGCGCCACGCCCUCCUGGAGGAGGAGAACCGGGUGUGGCACCUGGUGCGGCCAACGGACGAGGUGGACGAAGGCAAGUCCAAGCGUGGCAGCAUGAAGGAAAAGGAGCGCACCAAGGCCAUCACCGAGAUCUACCUGACCCGCCUGCUCUCGGUCAAGGGCACGCUGCAGCAGUUCGUGGACAACUUCUUCCAGAGCGUGCUGGCGCCUGGCCACGCGGUGCCGCCCGCAGUCAAGUACUUCUUCGACUUCCUGGACGAGCAGGCAGAAAAGCACGACAUCAAGGACGAGGACACCAUCCACAUCUGGAAGACCAACAGUUUACCUCUCCGGUUCUGGGUGAACAUCCUCAAGAACCCCCAUUUCAUCUUCGACGUGCACGUCCACGAGGUGGUGGACGCCUCCCUGUCGGUCAUCGCACAGACCUUCAUGGACGCCUGCACACGCACAGAGCACAAGCUGAGCCGCGACUCUCCCAGCAACAAGCUACUCUACGCCAAGGAGAUCUCCACCUAUAAGAAGAUGGUGGAGGACUACUACAAGGGGAUCAGACAGAUGGUGCAGGUCAGCGACCAGGACAUGAACACACACCUGGCAGAGAUUUCCCGGGCGCACACGGACUCCCUGAACACCCUCGUGGCCCUGCACCAGCUCUACCAGUACACGCAGAAGUACUACGACGAGAUCAUCAACGCCCUGGAGGAGGAUCCCGCCGCCCAGAAGAUGCAGCUGGCCUUCCGCCUGCAGCAGAUCGCGGCUGCGCUUGAGAACAAGGUCACGGACCUCUGACUGCGACCUCCACCGUCAUGGUCUCGGGACACAGGUGUGUGACACCCACUGCCGGGCGCUGGGCGGCCCCGGGGGAGCACGGCCAAGCGGGCAGGACUCAGCCCUUCUCUCUCUGGCAGAGGAAGAGCCCCCGGGCUUCCGAGUGUGUGCGUGGCAGGGGGGCCCCCACCUCAGCAUUUGUAGCCUCAUAGCACCCUUCUCCUGAGCAAUAGUGCCGGGCGCCCACCAGCACCAGUUCCCUCCUGCAGAACCAGCAUCGGGGGUGUCUCCUUCAAGCCUCCUGAGUAAUUCGAAAACGUGCCUUAUGUCCCCGGCGCCACGCUGGGUUGCUGGGGGCAGUCGGGCCUCAGCCCCCCUCCCCAGGCACCAGCAGCCGCCUCAGAUACCUGGGUUGGGCCUUUUGGGGUGAGGUCUGAGUGCCCUCGGCCCCCAGGACCUAGUGCCCAGACUCUGUCCGUCUGCCCUACCUGGACUGGGGCAGAAAAGUGGUACGAUGCCUUCCUGACCUCGCUGGCCUGCCCUGCGGGGCACUGGCACUCCCGGGGGACUCCGUGCUGCAGGCCCCACCUCAAAGGUCAAGCUGGACGUCAGACGUCGAGGCCCAGGCGGCCAGAAGGGACCCAGCAGACUGGGGAUCAGGGUCCCAGCCUGUCAGACAGGCUGACCUGAAGGCCCUGCCCAGGUCCGGGGGGCCGGGAGCAGCUCCGCCAGGACACCCGCAACCCUUUUUGUAAAUCUUGUUAAUUGUCAAUCAAAUACAGCUGUCUUUUUCA